AUAGGUUAAAAAACAUUCGAUUCAGUAAACAUACUUGCUGCAGUAAAAACUCAUCUUCGGCAAUUCGAAAGCUAUGGAAAGAAUAAUUUAUAUGAAAAAUAUAUAUUAAAUAUAGCAUUAACUAGAAUAAUGUAAUUAGCAAUUAAGUAGAACAAACAAGAAAGAUGAUUCUUCGGCACGGUGAAACUGCUUAUCUUUUUUCACUUUUAUUUCUACUUACUACUGUCCAAGUUCGUUCAGAGUUCGGGUGGCCAGCAGGUACAUAUGGUAUGCCAGAACCUGCAACAGGUUGUCCAAAUUUUGGCGACAUAGCGUUUAAAAGAGGAUAUACUUAUCACAACACAGAAGACGAACAUCCUGCCAAUAAACGAUCACAAAAUUAUCAUUUUGCAGGAAACUUUUCACAGCAUGGUGUUCAACAGAGAUUUUGCAUUAAAGAGGAAUCUCAAGGUUCUCCAGAAAUUUGGCCUGAAGGAAAAUACUGCCUAUAUAAAAAAGGAGUUUGCCCUGGUGGGUUAGAAGAAGGGUAUGUGAAGUGGGAUGAUGAACAUGCAACAUUAGAUCAAGCCAACAAACAAGUUGGGGCAGUACCAGAUGGAGACUACGAUAAAAAACAUACUACCUUGAAGUACUGUUGCAGCACGAAAGGAGACGCCAAUACACCUAUUAGUUUGCCCAACACGAAGCCCUUUUAUUUAAUGGCUUAUGGAUCACCACAGUGUCAAAAUGUUGCAGGGACUAGGGCUUCUAUGGAAUUUAUCAAAUUUGAUGACAAUGACAGGGGAAGUGAAAAUAAAUUUGAUGGUGCUACGCCAUUUGGACCAAGUGAAGACUUGUUCAAUACAAAAAUAUACUACUGUUACUAUGAACCUGGAGAGGCGUCCACUGAAGAUCUUGGAACAGGAAAGAAAGUUCUCGCUAAAGAUUAUAAACAUACGUCAUCAGGUUUAGCCGUUUUGAUUGGAUGCGGUGUUGCAGGAAUCAUUGUUGGUACAGCAUCAAUAGCGUUUGCAACGAAGCGCGUGUUAGGAGCCCGAUCAAGAACAGAUUUUGAUUCAGCUGAUAUUGACCCUGUUCCAGAUGCACCAUAAGAUACAACUCCACAAAUAUGUACAAUUCCGUGUCAAUGUCUUACUUAUUCACAAAUACUGUAAAUGGUAGUGUUUCGAUUGUUUAUGUCAACACUCUCUAUUCAAUUCACUACAGGCUCUGCAUAGCUUAUGUCCUGAUAUCCUGUCCUAUAGGAAUUAUGCAAAAUACUGCUGAGACAUUUUUCUUAGUAAUUCGCAAAUUAAAGCAUAUUAAAUUUUAAUUUCUUACAUACCCACAUUUCGCCUGACACAGAUGUUGAUUUCGUAUUGAGAAGGCAUGAAAUAUUGUCGGAUAAUAGCAAAUGCGAUGUAUUUUAAUGAUUCCCACGAAUUUCCACGUACUAGUAUGUGUUAGUAUUCAAUCUGUCGUUUAUUAACCUUGUCCCGUGGGCUUGUGUUCUUUUUUUACAUUUUAAAAGGACGAAUCUAUUUUCGGAAGCAUCUCUAGGGACGAAGUUAAUCACAAAUAUAUAACAAAUCGCAUGUCGUAUUCAUAUGUGAUCCCUUGUUCGUUAAUUUUGUAAAGUUUUUACAACGGAAAUUUUUCAAUACAAUUUUUAUAUGUAAACCUUUUAUACUAUACACCUGUAAAAAGUUUUAGAGAAAACUCAACUUACACAA